CAGACCCAGACAGACCCAGAAACAGUCCAUCCACCGUAAGAUCGAAACUGCAUCUUGGAUUAAUCCUGAGCAAGGCCAGAAAUCAAAAGGGCAUACCAACAGCACAUGCAUAUGAAAUUCCUUUUCUUUGGGAACAACUCAUCUCAGACAAGAUGGUGGACCAACUGCAAGGAACAUGGAAGUCUGUUUCUUGUGAAAAUUUUCAAGAAUACAUGAAAGAACUGGGAAUUGGAAAAGCCAGUAGGAAACUGGGCUCUCUGGCAAAACCCACUGUGACCAUCAGCACAGAUGGGGAUGUGAUCACUAUAAAAACCAAAAGCAUCUUUAAAAACAAUAAGAUCUCCUUUAAACUGGGAGAAGAGUUUGAAGAAACUACCCCAGGUGGCCGUAAAACCAAGAGUACAGUAACCUUGGAUAAUGAUGCCAUGAUCCACAUUCAGGACUGGGGAGACAAGGAAACCACCAUCAGAAGAAAAUUGGUGGAUGGGAGGAUGGUGGUGGAAAGUGCUGUGAACAACGUCAUUUGCACUCGGACGUAUGAGAGAGUUUAAAAGCACUCUCAGGUCUCAAGCGCUCCCAUACUGUGAUCCAAACUGCGCAGGUUGUCAAAAUAAAACUCUGAUGUGAAACGUGA